ACGCUCCCCACCACGCAGUAUGAGCUGGAGAUCGUAGCCCAGGACAUGAAGGGAAGAGAUGUAGGACUGACAGGAACAUCCACGGCAACCAUCACCAUCACAGACAAGAACGACCACGCCCCAGAGUUCACCCACUCACUGGUGAGUACAUGCACCCCUGCUUGUUCCCCUGACCCCUGACCCUUGUCCUCUGUCUGUCCUCUCUGCCCUGUACCCUGUCCUCUGUCUGUCCCCUGUCCUCUGUCUGUCCUCUCUGUCUUUUGUCCCCUGUCCUCUGUCUGUCAUUUCUGCCAUAUCCCCUGUUCUCUGUCCCCUAUCUUCUGUCCCUGUUAUCACUUUUCUGUCCCCUGUACUCUGUCAUCUGUCCCUAUUCGCAGAUGCAGCUGGUGACGGGCAUGACUCACGUACAGGUGAUGGAGUGGGUUACACACACACACACUCACUCACUUAAACAGUUAUCCUCCAUGACCUCUGCUUUCCAAUUUAAAAUGAAAGUUAUAAUUCUUAGAGCCUGCCCUAGGAAAGGCUCAGCUCACAUCAGUCGUCGUCCUGUGUGUGUGUGUGUGUGUGUGUGUGUGUGUCUGUGUGUGUCUGUGUGUGUGUGUGUGUGACCACAUGUAAUAAACAACACAUCACAGUAGUCAGGUGGUAGGGGCUCAUAAGGGAGAUAAGGGAAUGUUUGUGUGUGUGCUUAUGUGUUGUGCUGCUAUGAUCAUGGUGUUGGUUUCCUUUGUCAGCACAGCCUCAAUGCUCUAGUAGAAACCCUGUAUGGCACACGUAACCCAAUACCCAGCAGCCACACUAUCUACGUCAUUCAGAAAAAAAUGCACUUAACAAACUUAACCUACUUGCCUGUUUGUGCAAACUCAUGUGGAAUCUUUAAAAAAAACUGCAACCGUUGCUGUUUAUUUUAUUCUUGAGGUGAAGAAAAAAGCAUCAGGCCUUGGAGGAGAGGUCGUAAUGUUGAGUUGUGUGGUUUUUAAUGGAAAUGCCCAGAGCUGUUGUCAGGCUUCGAGACACAUCAACCCCAACCUCCGCCAGGCGGGCUCCCAUAAUGCAUUGCCGUGUCAGAGCGUUGUGAGAUCUUCACAGUGAAAUGUUUGGCUGAGUAGGCAUGCUGGGGCCGCGCUGAGUGCACUCUGUCCGUGUCCUCACUUAAUGCCUCUAUCUUUCUUCUGGGGAUGUAUUUAACAGCGUGGAGAAAUGUUCCUUUUAAAAACACAGCCAUUUAAGGUUCUGAACUCCUCAUAUACAGUGAGGGAAAAAAGUAUUUGAUCCCCUGCUGAUUUUGUACGUUUGCCCACUGACAAAGAAAUGAUCAGUCUAUAAUUUUAAUGGUAGGUUUAUUUGAACAGUGAGAGACAGAAUAACAACAAAAAAAUCCAGAAAAACGCAUGUCAAAAAUGUUAUAAAUUGAUUUGCAUUUUUAUGAAGGAAAUAAGUAUUUGACCCCCUCUCAAUCAGAAAGAUUUCUGGCUCCCAGGUGUCUUUUAUACAGGUAACGAGCUGAGAUUAGGAGCACACUCUUAAAGGGAGUGCUCCUAAUCUCAGUUUGUUACCUGUAUAAAAGACACCUGUCCACAGAAGCAAUCAAUCAAUCAGAUUCCAAACUCUCCACCAUGGCUAAGACCAAAGAGCUCUCCAAGGAUGUCAGGGACAAGAUUGUAGACCUACACAAGGCUGGAAUGGGCUACAAGACCAUCGCCAAGCAGCUUGGUGAGAAGGUGACAACAGUUGGUGCGAUUUUUCGCAAAUGGAAGAAACACAAAAUAAUUGUCAAUCUCCCUCGGCCUGGGGCUCCAUGCAAGAUCUCACCGCCUGAAGUUGCAAUGAUCAUGAGAACGGUGAGGAAUCAGCCCAGAACUACACGGGAGGAUCUUGUCAAUGAUCUCAAGGCAGCUGGGACCAUAGUCACCAAGAAAACAACUGGUAACACACUAUGCCGUGAAGGACUGAAAUCCUGCAGCGCCCGCAAGGUCCCCCUGCUCAAGAAAGCACUUACAGUGGGGAGAACAAGUAUUUGAUACACUGCCGAUUUUGCAGGUUUUCCUACUUACAAAGCAUGUAGAGGUCUGUAAUUUUUUAUCAUAGGUACACUUCAACUGUGAGAGAAGGAAUCUAAAACAAAAAUCCAGAAAAUCACAUUGUAUGAUUUCUAAGUAAUUAAUUUGCAUUUUAUUGCAUGACAUAAGUAUUUGAUCACCUACCAACCAGUAAGAAUUCCGGCUCUCACAGACCUGUUAGUUUUUCUUUAAGAAGCCCUCCUGUUCUCCACUCAUUACCUGAUUAACUGCACCUGUUUGAACUCGUCACCUGUAUAAAAGACACCUGUCCACACACUCAAUCAAACAGACUCCAACCUCUCCACAAUGGCCAAGACCAGAGCGCUGUGUAAGGACAUCAGGGUUAAAAUUGUAGACCUGCACAAGGCUGGGAUGGGCUACAGGAAAAUAGGCAAGCAGCUUGGUGAGAAGGCAACAACUGUUGGCGCAAUUAUUAGAAAAUGGAAUAAGUUCAAGAUGACGGUCAAUCAGCCUCGGUCUGGGGCUCCAUGCAAGAUCUCACCUCGUGGGGCAUCAAUGAUCAUGAGGAAGGUGAGGGAUCAGCCCAGAACUACACGGCAGGACCUUGUCAAUGACCUGAAGAGAGCUGGGACCACAGUCUCAAAGAAAACCAUUAGUAACACACUACGCCGUCAUGGAUUAAAAUCCUGCAGCGCACGCAAGGUCCCCCUUCUCAAGCCAGCGCAUGUCCAGGCCCGUCUGAAGUUUGCCAAUGACCAUCUGGAUUAUCCAGAGGAGGAAUGGGAGAAGGUCAUGUGGUCUGAUGAGACAAAAAUAGAGCUUUUUGGUCUAAACUCCACUCGCCGUGUUUGGAGGAAGAAGAAGGAUGAGUACAACCCCAAGAACACCAUCCCAACCGUGAAGCAUGGAGGUGGAAAAAUCAUUCUUUGGGGAUGCUUUUCUGCAAAGGGGACAGGACGACUGCACCGUAUUGAGGGGAGGAUGGAAGGGGCCAUGUAUCGCAAGAUCUUGGCCAACAACCUCCUUCCCUCAGUAAGAGCAUUGAAGAUGGGUCGUGGCUGGGUCUUCCAGCAUGACAACGACCCGAAACACACAGCCAGGGCAACUAAGGAGUGGCUACGUCAGAAGCAUCUCAAGGUCCUGGAGUGGCCUAGCCAGUCUCCAGACCUGAACCCAAUAGAAAAUCUUUGGAGGGAGCUGAAAGUCCGUAUUGCCUAGCGACAGCCCCGAAACCUGAAGGAUCUGGAGAAGGUCUGUAUGGAGGAGUGGGCCAAAAUCCCUGCUGCAGUGUGUGCAAACCUGGCCAAGACCUACAGGAAACGUAUGAUCUCUGUAAUUGCAAACAAAGGUUUCUGUACCAAAUAUUAAGUUCUGCUUUUCUGAUGUAUCAAAUACUUAUGUCAUGCAAUAAAAAGAAAAUUAAUUACUUAAAAAUCAUACAAUGUGAUUUUCUGGAUUUUUGUUUUAGAUUCCGCCUCUCACAGUUGAAGUGUACCUAUGAUAAAAAUUACAGACCUCUACAUGCUUUGUAAGUAGGAAAACCUGCAAAAUCAGCAGUGUAUCAAAUACUUGUUCUCCCCACUGUAUACAUGCCCGUCUGAAGUUUGCCAACGAUCAUUUGAAUGAUUCAGAGGAGAACUGGGUGAAAGUGUUGUGGUCAGAUGAGACCAAAAUUGAGCUCUUUGGCAUCAACUCAACUCGCCGUGUUUGGAGGAGGAGGAAUGCUGCCAAUGACCCCAAGAACACCAUCCCCACCGUCAAACAUGGAGGUGGAAACAUUAUGCUUUGGGGGUGUUUUUCUGCUAAGGGGACAGGACAACUUCACUGCAUCAAAGGGACGAUGGACGGGGCCAUGUACCGUCAAAUCUUGGGUGAGAACCUCCUUCCCUCAGCCAGGGCAUUGAAAAUGGGUCGUGGAUGAGUAUUCCAGCAUAACAAUGACCCAAAACACACGGCCAAGGCAACAAAGGAGUGGCUCAAGAAGAAGCACAUUAAGGUCCUGGAGUGGCCUAGCCAGUCUCCAGACCUUAAUCCCGUAGAAAAUCUGUGGAGGGAGCUGAAGGUUCGAGUUGCCAAACGUCAGCCUCAAAACCUUAAUGACUUGGAGAAGAUCUGCAAAGAGGAGUGGGACAAAAUCCCUCCUGAGAUGUGUGCAAACCUGGUGGCCAACUACAAGAAACGUCUGACCUCUGUGAUUGCCAACAAGGGUUUUGCCACCAAGUACUAAGUCAUGUUUUGCAGAGGGGUCAAAUACUUAUUUCCCUCAUUAAAAUGCAAAUCAAUUUAUAACAUUUUUGACAUGCAUUUUUCUGGAUUUUUUUGUUGUUAUUCUGUCUCUCACUGUUCAAAUAAACCUACCAUUAAAAUUAUAGACUGAUAAUUUCUUUGUCAGUGGGCAAACGUACAAAAUCAGCAGGGGAUCAAGUACUUUUUUCACUCACUGUAAGUCCUCCACUCGCUCAGCAGCCUCUAACCUAGUCAUGAAUAAUUUCUUAUGACUUCAAACUAUUGUGGGUGUCCCCAUGUUUAUGUGAAUGUGGGCACAUUCAUAGAUAUUGAAUUCCAUUUGUGUGAAGAUAUUCUGCACUCUUAAAAAAUAUUUUAAAAUAACAUAUCCUUCUGGAUGUUGAAGGUUUUCCAACUGAAAACUCUGUCGACAAACAUAGAUGUGCAUCUCUUGCAGCGUGUAUGUGCUGCAUUCAAGCGGAGAGAAAGACGUGUUCUGGUUUACCUUUUAUUAUUCAUCAAGCGGAGAAGACCUAGGCUUCCUACCCUGCAUUACACACAGGUGCUGAUACACACAGGUGCUGAUAGUGUUGGCAUGACUCCACAUAACACUAGUCUACUUGAAGAUGUGCUUAAGUCAACCAGUGGGGGAUUCACAAUGUACCAUGUCUACCCCCCGCGCUCUUGAAAUAGACUUUAGAGCCUAUGAUUCCCAUACAGAGUAGUGAGAUAUAAUAAAGCUCCACAAAGACAAACAUGGUUUGUAAGGUAUUACAUAUUCUUUAGUGCUAUCUAAACACCACUCAGAGGGAAUUCUGUUGGAUUUGUAUUCCAUAUCUUUUCCCAUUUUCUCUCUUACACAGUGUGAAACUACUCUGAAAUGUAGUUACCAAGUUCAGGUUGACUUUAACUCAUCAAAGAUUCUGAGUGAAAUGGACUCACACAGGUCACCAUGCAGUCUCCUGGAGCUGGAGGGCAGUGUGGGGUCAUCAUAGAACACACUGUUGUUUCAUGUCUGGUAAAGAUGGACAGACUACAGUAUGUUACAGUGAGUCAGUAGUAAACCUAUCAUAGUCUUCUUGGUUUUUAGACCAUAUAAUGGCCAUUGGUUGGUGCAUAGGCCUACAGAUAUUAUACACACUCAUGAGUCUGUCGAGCUGCACUGUUGUUCUCCUUAGCAAGUUUCUCUGAGGGCCCUGUGUAAUCUAUCCGCUCAACUUUUUUAAUCUAAGGCUAAGUUGCUCUUUUAUACUUACGAAUGUAUUACAUUCUGUGAAGCUUCUUUAGGGGAUUGGGUUCCACAAUGAUUCAAUUUUUCUGAUCAAGUUCUAAUCUCAUUUUUAUGAGAGUGGAAACAACAAAAGAUGAUUGGGAAUCCCCUGGUAUAAGAAUAAUUUAAAGACUGAAUAUGUAUAGUAGGAGAUUAAUGCCACUCCUGAUGAAAACCAACAGCAAUACACCACUGACUUAUAUUCUUAUAUUAUUUAUUUAUUCUGGAAGGUUAUACUAUGCUAAUAUCUUAGCAUAAUGCUUGAUAGAUACUUCUGUUGGACCUUGUUCCUAUUUGGGGUUCAAAAUAAAGAUAGAGCACCAACCAAUACCACUUUGUGCAUUGACUACUAACUACUCCACACAGUGUAUGUUACUGUGUAUUGUCUGUCUUUGAAAUGUGUUUAUAGACCACUGCUGUUAACUGACCAGUGGACUCUGACUCUUCCUGUCAGUCUACAUGUCUGCCUUUACCAUGGUUUGACCUGUAGUCUAACUGCUGUUCCAGCACAGCUCUGACCACUGAUCCACACCACUAAAACACACAUUAGCAAACAUUUCAAAGUAGGACAGAGGACAGUAACAGCCCCUAUUACAUAAUUUAUGCUUGUCCUGAAGUCUCCCUAAUUAAAGCCUGUGGUGACACAGAGAGGAUAGGCUGGUGAUACUACUUUCUGGUUCAAGUGGACAGUGUACCCCUGCCACCCCCUCACCAGCAACCCCACCCCCGUCUGGCCCUGGGUGAUAACUGGCAUCUCAUUUCUGACUAGCCCGUUCCAUAGUUUCUUAGCAGCCACUGAUCUGGCUUAUCACUCAGGGAGACUGACAGCUAAGCCAUGCCCUUGCUCCCCUGUGGUGACGGGAGAAUAUGCCUGCCCUCCAAAUGAUAAUGAUAUUAAAGCCCCCAUGCAGUCUUUUGAUUUUGAUGUUUUUUAUAAUCUAAUAAAUCACCUCCUUUUGCAAUUGAAAUGUUCAGUCUGUUCAUGUGGGCUUGUUGAUACAAAUGUAAAUAUAUUUGCAUACACAGCCCUGAUUGGCGGAUAGGAUCGUCUAGACCAGGGGCGUCAAACUCAUUUCAUGGAGGGCCUAGUGUCUGAAGGUUUUUGUUUUUUCCUUUCAAUUAAGCCCUAGACAACCAGGUGUGAGGAGUUCCUUACUAAUUAGUGACCUUAAUUCAUCAAUCAAGUACAAGGGAUGAGCAAAAACCCACAGCCACUCGGCCCUCCGUGGAAUGAGUUUGACACCUGUGGUCUAGACUCUAGAGCCUACCCCGCUUACCCAUUCAAAGUAGGAGGAUACAUAUGCAAAAAAGGAUGUCUGGUCAUUGGUCAGAAUAAUCAGAUCAGAUUUUGAUGUCAUGCUCUGGGCCAAAAACUCCAUCCCACCUGAAAAGACAGAAAUUUCAGGCAAAAAGUAAAUACAAUUCUUACACUAAAAGAGCAUUAUCAUCAUGUUAUUUUGACCUAAUAGUGUGGAAAUAUAUUUUAAAACAUUUACAGGAAAAUUGAGUUUUUGACUGCACUGCCCCUUUAACAGUGAUGACUGAGACACUGAGGUCUGUCCUACCCGGGACCAGGCUGGGCUAGGCUGGGCUAUCUGUCAGGGCUGGGCUGGGCUGGGUGUCUCAGUGAAGGCUGCCAUAUGCGUGUCAGGGAUUACCCAUCUGUUGCUGGGAUGAAAGGGGCUGUAUCCGUGUGGGAGGAUAAUGAUGGGGAGGAGGCAGGAAGGGACCUGGGGUUAGGACCGUCUUUAUUUCUGCUUGAAUGCUUUGUGCUGUCAAAAGAUAUCCAAAUAGAUAGUAUUUUUUGUUUUCCUUGGAUAUUGUAACCUAUGAAGGUACUGUAUAUCAAAGUGGCAGUAGUUUAGCUUAGCCUGUCCUUUCUCUAUCAUAUUCAGAUAGAAGAAGCCAUUUGGUAUGAGAGACCAUGUGGUGUAAAACAUGAUUUUAAACCUACAGUGUCUGAAGAGGGCCAAUUGCAAUCCAUAGCUCUCCUCAUGUCAUUUAGAUGUUGAGAUGAAUAGGCAACCUCUCAUGUUCGCCAGACACUCAGACAGACAUAAAGGGGUCCAGAGAGGGUCUGUGUAGAGUGUAUGAACACUUGAGUGGAUUGUUCAGAAUAUUGCCGUCCUUCAGGUCUGGAAAACACAAGACGUCUCUUCAGGGAGCACUGAAGGGUCCCCAUUCAAAUAGUUUGAAAGCCUUUCUGUUCUUUCUUGUUAAAAUACCAUCCUACCACCAACAAUGCUUUGUUGUAUGAAGUUAUUAUUAUAUCUACUUUUCAUUUAAUUUAUAACAUUUCUGUCCAUUGUCUUCCUCACAUGGCCUCACAAGCUUCAAGUUACCGUUAAUUAAUGUAAGUGAUUAAGGACUUAGAAAGGUAAUGGAGUCAUUUCACCAAGUACAGUGAGGGAAAAAAGUAUUUGAUCCCCUGCUGAUUUUGUACUUUUGCCCACUGACAAAGAAAUGAUCAGUCUAUAAUUUUAAUGGUAGGUUUAUUUGAACAGUGAGAGAUAGAAUAACAACAAAAAAAUCCAGAAAAAUGCAUGUCAAAAAUGUUAUAAAUUGAUUUGCAUUUUAAUGAGGGAAAUAAUUAUUUGACCCCCUCUCAAUCAGAAAGAUUUCUGGCUCCCAGGUGUCUUUUAUACAGGUAAUGAGCUGAGAUUAGGAGCACACUCUUAAAGGGAGUGCUCCUAAUCUCAGCUUGUUACCUGUAUAAAAGACACCUGUCCACAGAAGCAAUCAAUCAAUCAGAUUCCAAACUCUCCACCAUGGCCAAGACCAAAGAGCUCUCCAAGGAUGUCAGGGACAAGAUUGUAGACCUACACAAGGCUGGAAUGGGCUACAAGACCAUCGCCAAGCAGCUUGGUGAGAAGGUGACAACAGUUGGUGCGAUUAUUCGCAAAUGGAAGAAACACAAAAUAACUGUCAAUCUCCCUCGGCCUGGGGCUCCAUGCAAGAUCUCACCUCGUGGAGAUGCAAUGAUCAUGAGAACGGUGAGGAAUCAGCCCAGAACUACACGGGAAGAUCUUGUCAAUGAUCUCAAGGCAGCUGGAACCAUAGUCACCAAGAAAACAAUUGGUAACACACUACGCCGUGAAGGACUGAAAUCCUGCAGCGACCGCAAGGUCCCCCUGCUCAAGAAAGCACAUAUACAUGCCCGUCUGAAGUUUGCCAAUGAACAUCUGAAUGAUUCAGAGGAGAACUGGGUGAAAGUGUUGUGGUCAGAUGAGACCUAAAUCGAGCUCUUUGGCAUCAACUCAACUCGCCGUGUUGAGGAGGAAUGCUGCCUAUGACCCCAAGAACACCAUCCCCACCGUCAAACAUGGAGGUGGAAACAUUAUGCUUUGGGGGUGUUUUUCUGCUAAGGGGACAGGACAACUUCACCGCAUCAAAGGGACGAUGGACGGGGCCAUGUACCAUCAAAUCUUGGGUGAGAACCUCCUUCCCUCAGCCAGGGCAUUGAAAAUGGGUCGUGGAUGAGUAUUCCAGCAUGACAAUGACCCAAAACACACGGCCAAGGCAACAAAGGAGUGGCUCAAGAAGUAGCACAUUAAGGUCCUGGAGUGGCCUAGCCAGUCUCCAGACCUUAAUCCCAUAGAAAUCUGUGGAGGGAGCUGAUGGUUCGAGUUGCCAAAUGUCAGCCUCGAAACCUUAAUGACUUGGAGAAGAUCUGCAAAGAGGAGUGGGACAAAAUCCCUCCUGAGAUGUGUGCAAACCUGGUGGCCAACUACAAGAAACGUCUGACCUCUGUGAUUACCAACAAGGGUUUUGCCACCAAGUACUAAAUCAUGUUUUGCAGAGGGGUCAAAUACUUAUUUCCCUCAUUAAAAUGCAUAGACUGAUAAUUUCUUUGUCAGUAGGCAAACGUACAAAAUCAGCAGGGGAUCAAAUACUUUUUUCCCUCACUGUAUAACUUGAUAUUUGUUUACAUUUACAAUUUAGUCAUUUAGCAGAUGCUCUUAUCCAGAGCAACUUACAGUUAGUGCAUUCAUCUUAAGAUAGCUGGGUUGGACAACCACAUAUCGCAGGCAUAGUAAGUCUGCUUACAAAUGCAAGUGUUGGUAAAAUGAAUAGUGUUUCUGCAAUAACCCAAUCCUCAGCCAGAUGCAUUGUUGGGCUGCCAUAACCUUGCAUUAUCCAGUUAAUGACAUACAUUUGCUGUCAGCCUAGGCCUUUUCACUUUGUCACAAAGCAUGUAACAUUGAGGGCCAUUUCUGUGUGUUACACAGUUGUGGUCAAAUAUAUUGGUACCCUUGCACAAUUCACUAUUUCUUGUAAAAUAAGUUGAAAUUGAAAAAACUUUUGUUGUUCACAUGUGUGUGCACAGGACCAAGAGGAAAAAAUAUCUAAACUGAAAUUUAGAUUUUUCCUUAGAAAUUUAAAGAAAUGGCUUGGACUAAAUUAUUCCAAAUAAUUUGUUUUAAGGCAAGUGAUUCUCGUUUAAGUGUAAUUUAUCUCACCUGACCUGUGGUAAGUGGCUGGUGCAUACUGGGUAAAAAAGUUAUAAGCCAUUUAAUCAGUUUCAAAAGAGAAAACAGAACAUUCUGCUCCAUUGCACUCCAUUGUAAAGUGCAAGGGUGCCAAUAUAUUAGAAUAUACAGUAUAUUAUACGACAACUGUAGCCUUUUGUCAUCUCAAGCAUUGGGUCAGGUGAUGCAAGCUCAGUUAGCUUUGUGUUCAGUUUAUGUAGUAGUUGUUGUUAUUGCAUGCCUUGAACCCUAGCUGAUCCUUUCUAUCUGAAAUUCAAAAUAUAACCGUUUCUCUGUAAGUGGAAUAGUCAAAUCACUACAACCUUUUUGAACUUUUGAACUUUUUUCAAACCCACUUUACAUAAUGUGUGCCUAGAAGGUGUUUAGGCGGAAUCUUUCACUGAAACUGUAUAUAUAUUUUUAAAAAUGUAAGGUUGUUGUCCCUUCCAUAAUGGCAUCACUCUGAAGUGAAGCUCCCAUUGAGCACUCCCACUGAGCACUUUUACUAUACAUUGUGGCAAACUGUAGUUGGAGACAAACUGACCUUUUUAGAGUGCCUUUAGAUGUUUUAUAAAAUAUAUAUCUAACAGCUGUUGUCACUACAGGACUUAAUAGGUUGUAAGGUUAUAAUUGACUGUGAUGUAGAACUUAUUUUAUGUGUGCCCGUCUUUUCCCAUGAAGUUAAAAAAAGAGUUGGCAGUAGUUUGUACAUCAUUUUCUCUGUGGGUUCAAGGUGCCAACAAAGCUAUUUACAUUGCCUUCAUUGUAUAUGUGCAAAGCAACCUGCAUAGCAACACAAGUCUGUUAUAGCUGUCAGCCAGGUUGUUAUGUUCAAGUGUGGUUGAGAAGUAUUGAUGUUAUUUCACUCUCUAGAUAUAUGCAAUGACUAGAGCCCAUUUUACUGUUACAGUUAAAUCAACUUAUAAAGGCAGAGCUGGUUUUCUGUGCCACAUGUUCAGCUGAAGUGUAUCUAUGGGAACAGCUUGAGCUGGAUCUCUUCAAAUUUAAUAAUGGUACAGGUAAGCUCAUGAACUUCCUUGGCCCAUGAAUGUAGGAUGUAGGAGGGAGGGAGAGAGAGAGAAUGAGUGUAUGUAUUGUAAUGAUCCGGGCUGGGUCAUGAAGGAAAAAGAGACGGACACCAGGUGUGCAGGGCAGAACACAGGUUUAUUCCUAAACUGGGCUAUUGUUCAGGCCACAGCCCACGCCGCUAAAUUCCGAACGUACACAAAUACACAAUGUCAAGUUAAGUGGCAGACUCAUAGGAACAGAUCAGGAUCCCGAAUAGAAAGAGAGAGAGAUGAGACAGUAACCCCUAUUUAUGCAUUUCAAAACCCUGCGGGAUUACCCAUCAUACCCCCCCAACCUUUCCGUCUGUCCUGGCAUAUUUAACCCCUGCUAGCACCCAUGAGAACAAUAACACACCAACGAACACAGAACACAAUACCGGGUCAUUACAGUAUGUAUGUGUGUGUGUGUGUGUGUGUGUGUGUGUGUGUGUGUGUGUGUGUGAGAGAGAGAGAGAUGUGGUGUGUGUGUGUGUGAGUGAGUGUGUGUGUGGGCGAGAUGUGGUGUGUGUGUAUGUGAGUGAGUGUGUGUGUGUGUGUGUGUGUGUGUGUGUGUGUGAGAGAGAUGUGUUGUGUGUGAGAGAGAGAGAUGUGGUGUGUGUGAGUGUGUGUGUGUGUGUGUGUGUGUGAGUGAGUGUGUGCACUAUUUUCAUCUUCAUUCUGUCUAAAGGAGGCACAUCAAUCAGAUCAGAUAAGCAGCUUUUAUAAGUGAGCUGAUGGGGUAAAAGAGACGACCGCUGAAAGAUUUGUAAGAUGUGUAUUUCACUCCAGGGAAUAUCUUUAAGCAAGUAGGAGAAUAUUUUCUCAAAAUACAGCUAGCAUGCUAAUUACCCACAUACGAAUAAGAAGCAUGCACAUUUCAAAUAAAUCAACCUUUCAAAAGUAUCAAACCUACACUACCGUUCAAGAGUGUGGGGUCACUUAGAAGUUUCCUUGUUUUCGAAAGAAAAGCAAUUUUUUUGUCCAUUAAAAUAACAUCAAAUUGAUCAGAAAUACAGUGUAGACAUUGUUAAUGUUGUAAAUGGCUAUUGUAGCUAGAAACAGCUGAUUUUUAAUGGAAUAUCUACAUAGGUGUUCAGAGGCCCAUUAUCAGCAACCAUCAGUCCUGUGUUCCAAUGGCACGUUGUGUUUGCUAAUCCAAGUUUAUCAUUUUAAAAGGCUAAUUGAUCAUUAGAAAACAAUUUUGCAAUUAUGUUAGCACAGCUGAAAACUGUUGUGCUGAUUAAAGAAGCAAUAUAUCUGGCCUUCUUGAGACUAGUUGAGUAUCUGGAGCAUCAGCAAUUGUGGGUUCGAUUACAGGCUCAAAAUGGCCAGAAACAAAUAACUUUCUUCUGAAACUCGUCAGCCUAUUCUUGUUCUGGGAAAUGAAGGCUAUUCCAUGUGAGAAAUUGUUAAGAAACUGAAGAUCUCGUACAACGCUUUGUACUACUCCCUUCACAGAACAGCGCAAACUGGCUCUAACCAGAAUAGAAAGAGGAGUGGGAGGCCCCGGUGCCCAACUGAGCAAGAGGACAAAUACAUUAGAGUGUCUAGUUUGAGAAACAGACGCCUCACAGGUCCUCAACUGGCAGCUUCAUUAAAUAGUUGCAAAGAAAAAGCCAUAUCUCAGACUGGCCAAUAAAAAGAAAAGAUUAAGAUGGGCAGUCUGAGAUAUGGCUUUUUUUUUCCGCCUCUUCACUGUUGACAUUGAGACUGGUGUUUUGCGGGUACUAUUUAAUGAAGUUGCCAGUUGAGGACCUGUGAGGCGCCUGUUUCUCAAACUAGACACUCUAAUGUAUUUGUCCUUUUGCUCAGUUGUGCACCGGGGCCUCCCACUCCUCUUUCUAUUCUGGUUAGAGCGACCCACUAGGUGUCAUCCUCCGACAACCUUAGGCACCUCCUCACUCACAGUCUGGACUAAUCAUUAUCUUAUUGGUGUCACCUGUGUCUACCUGUUCACCCUCACUUCCCUGUGUUCCCUUGCUCUGUUUUGUCUGCUAGUUCUCGAUGCCAAACAGUACUAAUCAGUGUCUGAUCGCGAGACGUAUGUACAGGUACUUGAGAAGAGUUCUCCCUGUUUCAUUGUUGUUUUCAGUCAUAGUUAGUAUUUCGUGUGUUUGCUGUCAGCCUGUUUUUGGAGACUAAUUUGCUCCUCCUUUAUUUUUUGUGUGACAAGUCCGUUAUUUUGUAUCCUGGUUUUGGGACCACCAGUAAAGAUCCUUGUUUCACCAUCUCUGCCUACAGCCGACUGUCUAUUCUGCACCGCACCUGGGUCACACCUCACUCCAACCCUUACACCUAAGUGGGAUAAUAAUGAGAGAAGUUGCAGCAUAGGAUUUUUCUUUGUGGGCUUUUCAGUUGUUUUUGUGAAGUCAGGUCAGAUGAUGCCAGCAGGCAGAAUGGGAGAGAGAACAGCACUCUCUGUAGAAAUACGUACUGUACCUUUGAGAGUUAGCAUCUUGGCUGUGAUUUCAAGGCUCCUUAGGGGAAUAGUGUUGUCUCCCCAGGGACUAAAGUGACAUGCCACUGUGUGUUUGUUGUCAGCUCAAUCUACGGGGCCACAGAAACGUGGCACAAAGCACUUUCCAUUAGGAUGAACAGUUGCUCUGCUGUAUUCUGUAUUCUCUCCCUGCGUAGCUGUAUCUCUGUCAGACCAACCAAAUCAAAGCACAUUUAUAUUCAUAAGCCAUUAUGUCUGAUGGUCGGGGCUCUCUGCACGUUUAUCUCUCUUCUCUUUGGUCUGUCAGAGGAUUGGGGGGGGGGGGGGGGGGGGGGGGGGGGGGUGGGCUGCCACCGAGAAGGAUGGGUUGAGGUGUAAAAAGAUGUGUAUGAUGGAUGUGUGAUGGGACAGUUUUUAUCACUGUGAGUGGCGAGAGAGAGAGAUGUUCUUUCUCCUCUUCACUCCACUUAACAUUAGUGCAGGCUGAGCAGCCAAUCACCCUAACCUAUUCUCAUAUUGAGAGGAAGGCCAGGGACAGACAGGCAGUGUAGACACCACUUAUUGACAGCACAUAGAGAGGACAUCUCAACACUGAAAUAAAGCCAGGGUUGCUGCCUUUCAACAGCCUCAUAGUGCCUGAAAUGGUGUUAAUGAGGUUUGAUAUUCACCCCCUGCUCCAAUUAUACAGCCAGAUUAGAUCAAUAUGCAUGCAUUGUCAGCAACAAGUGGUGAGUGCACGGAGCGAUAUGACAGCCCAUUUUUACAGUAAACAAGCAGUAUGCGUUGAUGAUGGCCCUUCAGACAAUCUCUGGUUCCUCCCCCCUUCAAUUGUUCAUGGUCUGUGGAACUACAGUUGUAUCAGGCUACAGGAAUGGAUAUUGUUAUGGUGAAUGCAUCCAUGAUAUCAGAUGGGCAGCCUACAGUUCACCACUUCAAAGUGUUGUCCAACUGUUAUCAGCAGGUCAACUCAAUGGGAUCAUUCAGUCACCAGAAACAGUCCCAGUCUGAAAGCUGGUGAGAGUAUGUCCCCAGGGAGGUAACUGAGUUAAAGUGUGUUUCUCCUUUGGCCUGCACUGAACUGCCCUGGUCCAGUCUGUACUUACCUGGUCAUCCCUUCACUGUGUGUUUGCAGAGCUCCCUUGCUUUAUAAUUGGCUCUAUGGCUGCCUCUUCUGUUUGUCUGUUUUCUUUAAUACACACACAUGAGAACACACAUACAGACUCUCAUGCACACACACACACAUAGUAAAAUCACACAUGUAGAUACCCAGGAGAGCCUGAGUUGGUGGUUAUUUCCCCAUUCUCUCACACCGCUGGUUAGUUUGUACACUCAGUGGUAUUGGGGUCUUAUCAGUAGCAGGGAAGUGCUCAGUGGCAACAGCCCAGAGAUUGAAUACAUUCAUCUGACCACAUGGCUGAAAUGGGAGGCUGAGGUCUGGUCUGCCGCUAUAGCAGCCUGCUAAUCAGUGUGUAGUGUAAGUAGUGUGUAACUGCGGUAAUCACAGGGGGAGAGCAGCCAUAGAACAGGAUGUCAUAUGGUGCUCAGCAACAGACCAAGUUCUCUUCCAUUGAGGAUCCCGUUUGAGGUUUAACAUCAGAACAGGGUUAGGUUUGUAGAGUAGCUGUAUUACAUUUUACAUUUACAUUUUAGUCAUUUAGCAGACGCUCUUAUCCAGAGCGACUUACAGUUAGUGAAUAUAUAUAUAUUUUUUUUUUUUCAUACUGGUCCCCCGUGGGAAUCGAACCCACAACCCUGGCGUUGCAAACGCCAUGCUCUAUCAACUGAGCUACAUCCCUGCCGGCCAUUCCCUCCCCUACCCUGGACAACGCUAGGCCAAUUAUGCGCUGCCCAUGAGUCUCCCGGUCGCGGCCGGCUGCGACAGAGCCUGGAUAUAUUACCCCAGGAGACUGAAUGAUCUCAGCCUCUGAUCUGAGUUGAAGAAUACUCUCUGUCUGUCUGUGUGUGUCUCUCUCUCUCGCUCUCUUUCUCUCUCUAUACAGUGAGGGAAAAAAGUAUUUGAUCCCCUGCUGAUUUUGUAAGUUUGCCCACUGACAAAGACAUGAUCAGUCUAUAAUUUUAAUGGUAGGUUUAUUUGAACAGUGAGAGACAGAAUAACAACAAAAAAAAUCCAGAAAAACGCAUGUCAAAAAUGUUAUAAAUUGAUUUGCAUUUUAAUUAGGGAAAUAAGUAUUUGACCCCUCUGCAAAACAUGACUUAGUACUUGGUGGCAAAACCCUUGUUGGCAAUCAGAGGUCAGACGUUUCUUGUAGUUGGCCACCAGGUUUGCACACAUCUCAGGAGGGAUUGUGUUCCACUCCUCUUUGCAGAUCUUCUCCAAGUCAUUAAGGUUUCGAGGCUGACGUUUGGCAACUCGAACCUUCAGCUCCCUCCACAGAUUUUCUAUGGGAGGUUCUAUGAGACUGGCUAGGCCACUCCAGGACCUUAAUGUGCUUCUUCUUGAGCCACUCCUUUGUUGCCUUGGCCGUGUGUUUUGGGUCAUUGUCAUGCUGGAAUACCCAUCCACGACCCAUUUUCAGUGCCCUGGCUGAGGGAAGGAGGUUCUCACCCAAGAUUUGACGGUACAUGGCCCCGUCUAUCGUUCCUUUGAUGCGGUGAAGUUGUCCUGUCCCCUUAGCAGAAAAACACCCCCAAUGCAUAAUGUUUCCACCUCCAUGUUUGACGGUGGGGAUGGUGUUCUUGGGGUCAUAGGCAGCAUUCCUCCUCCUCCAAACACGGCGAGUUGAGUUGAUGCGAAAGAGCUCGAUUUUGGUCUCAUCUGACCACAACACCUUCACCCAGUUCUCCUCUGAAUCAUUCAGAAGUUCAUUGCCAAACUUCAGACGGCCCUGUAUAUGUGCAUUCUUGAGAGAGAGGAUCUUGCGGGCGCUGCAGGAUUUCAGUCCUUCACGGCGUAGUGUGUUACCCAUUGUUUUCAUGGUGACUAUGGUCCCAGCUGCCUUGAGAUCAUUGACAAGAUCCUCCCGUGUACUUCUGGGCUGAUUCCUCACCGUUCUCAUGGUCAUUACAACUCCACGAGGUGAGAUCUUGCAUGGAGCCCCAGGCCGAGGGAGAUUCUUCCAUUAGCGAAUAAUCGCACCAACUGUUGUCACCUUCUCACCAAGCUGCUUGGCGAUGGUCUUGUAGCCCAUUCCAGCCUUGUGUAGGUCUACAAUCUUGUCCCUGACAUCCUUGGAGAGCUCUUUGGUCUUGGCCAUGGUGGAGAGUUUGGAAUCUGAUUGAUUGAUUGCUUCUGUGGACAGGUGUAUUUUAUACAGGUAACAAGCUGAGAUUAGGAGCACUCCCUUUAAGAGUGUGCUCCUAAUCUCAGCUCGUUACCUGUAUAAAAGACACCUGGGAGCCAGAAAUCUUUCUGAUUGAGAGGGGGUCAAAUACUUAUUUCCCUCAUAAAAAUGCAAAUCAAUUUAUAACAUUUUUGACAUGCGUUUUUCUGGAUUUUUUUGUUGUUAUUCUGUCUCUAACUGUUCAAAUAAACCUACCAUUAAAAUUAUAGACUGAUCAUUUCUUUGUCAGUGGGCAAAUGUACAAAAUCAGCAGGGGAUCAAAUACUUUUUCCCCUCACUGUAUAUAUAUAUAUACAGUGGGGAGAACAAGUAUUUGAUACACUGCCGAUUUUGCAGGUUUUCCUACUUACGAAGCAUGUAGAGGUCUGUAAUUUUUAUCAUAGGUACACUUCAACUGUGAGAGACGGAAUCUAAAACAAAAAUCCAGAAAAUCACAUUGUAUGAUUUUUAAGUUAUUAAUUUGCAUUUUAUUGCAUGACAUAAGUAUUUGAUCACCUACUAACCAGUAAGAAUUCCGGCUCUCACAGACCUGUUAGUUUGUCUUUAAGAAGCCCUCCUGUUCUCCACUCAUUACCUGUAUUAAAUGCACCUGUUCGAACUCAGUUGUUGCCUUCUCAUCAAGCUUCUUGCCUAUUGUCCUGUAGCGAGUGGUAAUCUAUGACAUAAUACCAUCCUGACAGAAUACACUGUGAUCUGGGAUACAACACUUUCCUUUAACAGAGCGUUCUGUGUCUGAAAUAUUACACUGUAAGUUGUGAUACAAUAAUGGUCCUGACAGAGAGAGAGGGAAUUUCUGUUAGCUGGAUGCAGUAAUGCUCCUAGAGUAUUCCGCUUCACAAUGCACUCUGCAACAGUGUCUGCCAAGUAGAAUACAUUCCUGAUAUGAAUCUGAUUAAGGGCUGCUACAACAACAGGGAAUGUCAUAGGAUAGAACUCCUUUGUGUGUGCUUGCAUGCAUAUGUCUGUAUAUCUUUCUUUCCACCCAAACUUGUGUGUUUGCUUGAGUCCUGCUGGCUUAACUUUAAAUUCAGGUGAGGUGCGCUAUGAAAUAUUUUAGUGCUGCUACUUCACCCCGGACAGCCUCAGUACAGCCCUCAGACUACUUAACCUGGCAGUCACAGACAGACAGAGAGUCUGCGUCCCAAAUGCAGCCUAUGGACCUGGUCAAAAGUAGUGCACUAUAAAGGGAAUAUGGUGCCAUUUGGGACAGCCAGUGUUAGUGUCCCCUGGCCACAUGUUCUCUCUGAGUCAGAUCAUUCCCAAGAAAGGUGAACAUCACUACCCCCCACCCCAUCCCCUUGGGGCUGAAUGAGGACAGCCUUCACACUGUGUUGAACAGGGAUGAUAGCAGGGUCUGGUCAGAUGGGCCUGGUCAGGCCUAAACUAAACACUCCAUCCACACCAACUAGCCUGGGAGAUUGGCCUGGAUGAAGUCUUUGAAAGGAGACAAUCUCUGGAACUAGGGGACAGAGAACAGCUCUGUCAGAGAGAGAGUCAGAGAGAGAAUCAGAGAGAGAGAGAGAGUCAGAGAGACAGAGUGAAGAGAAAGUCAGAGAUAGAAUGAAUAGAGUGAGUGAAUGUGACAGAGAGCAGGGAGGGUAUGAGAAACAAUCUCUCAAGUUAGCGAAAAAGAGUGUGAGGUGUUAGAGAGAGCAGUUUGGGUUGUACUUCAAAUCAAAGUCUGAGUUAAAUUGUUCCAGCAUUCUUUUAAUUGAGGACGGUGUAGAUUAAGCUGAAACAAAAGGAUCUCCCUCCCCUUACUUUUUAAUCCUGCACAACCCACAUGAGAAGCACAAUUAUUGAGUAAUACUGUCAAAACAGACAUUGUCUUGCAGCCGUGCGCAUACUUGCGUGCAUGUGUUUGGGCUUGAGUAAGUGUGUGGUGCGUGUGCAUGCGUUUGUGUGUGUGUGUGUGUGUGUGUGUGUGUGUGUGAGCGAUGGGAUGGAGAGUGUUGGGAAUGAAGGACAGAGAGAGGAGUUUGACAAUAGGUUCAUGUUCAACUCAAUAGCAUUCGAGAGAUGUGAAUGAUGCGAGGGAGAGAACAUGAUGCUUUUAAUAGCUUCUAAAUGUAAGUCACUUCAAGUGGAGCGUGAUUCAGACAGGGUAAUCUACCUUGAACAAAACAACAUACACUAUCCCUCACUUGUCAGCGCCAGGUCCACUGUGGUGAUGAUGAUGAUGGCAAAAACUUUAUUUUAAACAGAAAAUUGCAUAGCUCUAAGGAAGCCAGAUGUCCUUGUAUGUGGUGACCAGUAGUGUCCCUCUGUCCCUCGAGUUCCAGACCACUAAAUAGAAACCAGCUGUCUAUAUGCCAGUUGACCAGUCUUGUCCCUCUGUUUCUGUCUGUCCCUCCAGUUCCAGACCACUGAAUAGAAACCAGCUGUCUAUAUGCCAGUUGACCAGUCUUGUCCCUCUGUCUCUGUCUGUCCCUCCAGUUCCAGGCCAAUGUGGACGAGGGCUCCACUGGGGUGGUGGUCAACCUGACUGUGGACGACAGAGAUGACCCUGCGACGGGGGCGUGGCGAGCAAUCUAUUCCAUCAUCAACGGUGACCCCACCCAGAGCUUCGAGAUCCAAACCAACCCCGACAACAACGAGGGCAUGCUUUCCCUCAUCAAGGUAACCACAGGGCCCAAAAGCUAUCUCAAUUAUCUCUCUCAAAUAUCUCUCUCACAUAUCUCUCAAAUAUCUCUCUUAAUUAUCUCUCUCAAAUAUCUCUCAUCUCUCUUAAUGAUGGAUGAGCUAAUAAAGGUGUGUUUGUGGUGUCAUUAUAACAGGCAGGUUGGAUGGUGAUAUUAUAUACUGCACGAUUUGGCCAAUUCACUGGAGAUAUGAAUAAUAUAAUAAUAAAAAUAUGAACAUACAGGUUGCACAGUAAAGAUCCUGUAGCACUCACAGUUUUUAUUGCUCUCAUUAUUCCAAUAAAUGUGUGUUGUCAUGCAAUAUAGCAAUGCAGAAUACAGGAAUACAGGAUAUCUGUAACCUUGGUAACAUUGUAUGUUUCACUCUAGUACACUGCAGUUUGCCCCUUUACUCUCAUGUGUCAUUUUCACCUACAUGACUCACAUACUAUAAGAGCAACCCGUUACACACUGAGUGUCCAAAACAUUAGGAACACUUGCCCUUUCCAUGACAUAGACUGACCAGGUGAAAGCUAUGAUCCCUUACUGAUGUCACUUGUUAAAUCCACUUCAAUCAGUGUAGAUGAAGGGGAAGAAACAGGUUAAAUUAUGAUUUCUAAGCCUUGAGACAAUUGAGACAUGGAUUGUGUAUGUGUGCCAUUCAGGGUGAAUGGGCAAAAUAAAAUAUUUAAGUGCAUUUGAACGGGGUAUGGUAGUAGGUGAUAGGCGCACCAGUUUGAGUGGGGCAAGAACUGCAACGCUGCUGGGUUUUUCACGCUCAACAGUUUAAUAUGUUUAUCAAGGACAUCCAGCCAACUUGACACAACUGUGGGAAGCAUUGGAGUCAAAAUGGGCCAGCAUCUCUGUGGAACACUUUCGACACCUUGUAGAGUCCAUGCCCUGACAAAUUGAGGCUGUUCUGAGGGCAAAAGGGGGUGCAACUCAAUAUUAGGAAGGUAUUCCGAUUGUUUUGUACACUCAGUAUGGAAGUGACAUGUUAACUACAUGAUAAACACUCUCAUCUCUUCUCCUCUCCUCUCCUCUCCUCUCCUCCUCCAGCCUCUAGACUAUGAGAGCUUAGUGUUCCACACGCUGCUGAUCAAGGUGGAGAACGAGGACCCCCUGGUGCCAGAGGUGGGCUACAGCUCCAGUUCUACAGCCACCGUACACAUCACCAUCCUGGACGUCAACGAGGGACCCGUCUUCUUCCCCGACCCCCUCCAGGUCACCAAGAUGGAGAACAUCCCCCUGGGCAGCUUCGUGGCCUUACUCAACGCCACCGACCCAGACGUCCUCCAAUCACAGAGCAUCAGGUGA